UGCAGCUGUUUGGUUCCUCUGACCUGAAUUCAAAGGGAGUAAAGGGCUUGAUAUAGGGGAAAACUCUUCAGGGAAAUGACAACACUUUCUUUUUUGCUACAGCUACUUGGGACAAAAGUGCGGGAAGCUGAACACGCCUAGGAAAUGAAGAGCUUCCUGUGUUGGCCUGAACAGCACUCUGCUGAUAAGGUCCUUUGCAUCUUGGUGGCUGCUGCUUGUCUUUUUCUCCUGACAGCAGCCUUCAGUCAAGCAUCCUCAACAAGGGCCCUCAUGCUGUCCCCAGUACCUCCAGCUGGUACCAAUGGUACCAUGCCACUUGGAUUCUUUAACGUUCACACGAACUUCUCUCUUCUCUACAAAGUGGAGAGGGCACCUGAUUGCUAUGAUGCAAGGAGGCUUCUUGAACACUGGUUUAAUAUCAUAUUUACGGGAGAAGGAUUUGUUGUGACAAAUUUUAAAGUCAGGGAUACUUAUCCACACCACGGUGCCUAUAAGAAGAUUCACGGGAAGGUAAAGCAAAUAUCACAAAGCUACGUCUGUAAGGCCACUGUAAAGGUCCCAUCCCUGGAAAUACAAGAAGUCCUGAGUCUCAAGAUCAAAGAGUUGUUGAAUGACAUUUACAAAAAGGGACCAUUUUCCCUGUAUGUGAAACCUGAAGAUGUGGCUGUGAAGUCAAUAGAGCUAGUGGUUUGUCCGGAAAGCUUUUUCUUCACGAGGUGCAACAGGAAUUAUUCUUGGCCUGUAACAAGUCCAGACUCUGAGACAGAGGUCAGCUGCAGGAAAAACCCUCUGCAGUCUGCUCAGAGGAGCUGUGAAAUUAGUAUUGAACUUGAGCAAGCUUCUUGGAAGAAACCAAACGUGACAAAAUGCAAAUUACUGGAAAAACUUCCAAAUAAUAUUCUAGACCUCCAAGAUAUCAAGCUAACAGAAGAGAACGCGCAAGAUGUUGUACAGCAUAUUUUAUACCUCUUGCCUGAUGCAACACUGCAUGUGGAAGAGCUAGAAAUCAUUGCAAGUAAAAUUUCUGAUAUUGUAGACCUUUCAGAUGUGAGUGUGACACUUGCAGACAGUGUAUUGUCUAUACUAGACUAUAUUCUGCAGCAAGACAUAGAAGAUGAGAACUUUAGAAAAAUAACCAAUAGUAUCCUGAAGAUGACUGAGGAGAUGGGCUAUAAGGUGACCUACACAGAGAGAAAUAUGUCAGUCAUAACCACGUCCUUGGCCCUCUUGGUGCUGCGUCCAGAUCCCAGCCUGUUUGGAGGACUGGCCUUUGGCAUUGCCUCCUACAACAGGGGUGUGGAUCUCAAGAUCAGCGUACAAGAAAACCCUUUCAGAAAGGCUUUGGCCUCUGUGUUUUUGCCAAAAUCCCUGAAGAACUUCCUAGGCAUCGAGUACUCCGACCCAGACAAGCAUUCAAAGAUCCAGUUCAAGUUUUUUGGCACUACUUCACUUUUUCUGGAUGACAGUUUAACGAUGGCGAGGUUGAACACAUAUGUUGUGAGUGCCAGCAUUGAAAAUGCAUCAAUUCAGAACCUUAACGAGCCCGUGACUGUCACUCUCUACCACAUAGACCAGAACAGGGCACCACAUGAGCCCAAUGAGAUUAGACAUGGGAAUUGGUAUAAGGUGAACAAUUUGUCAGAUUUGCUGCUGUCCUUAAAAGACUACAAGGGCAAUGCAGCAGUGCACUGCGUAUUUUGGGACUUCGGGAAAAACGAUGGACUGGGUGGUUGGAAUACAUCGGGGUGUGAAAUGGAAUAUACAGAUAUGAAUUAUACAAUCUGUUUCUGUAACCAUCUUACCCAUUUUGGAGUCCUGCUGGACUUGGCCCGGACACAAGUAGGUGUCACACAUGAUCAUAUAUUAACUCUGAUAAGCUAUGCAGGCUGUGGUGCUUCUUCUCUUUUUUUGGGAAUAACACUCAUGACAUACCUAGCCCUUGAGAAGGUGCGGAGAGACAACCCCUCAAAAAUCCUGCUCAACCUUUGUGCUGCGCUGCUGAUGCUGAACAUUGUCUUCCUCACCAAUUCCUGGCUGACCUCAUUCAACCAGCCAGGCCUCUGCAUCACUGUGGCCAUGCUCCUCCACUAUUUCCUUCUUGCAGCAUUCACGUGGAUGUGCCUGGAGUCUGUUCACUUUUAUUUGGCUCUUGUCAAAGUUUUCAAUGUUUAUGUCCCAAAGUACAUCCUAAAAUGCUGCAUUGCUGGCUGGGGAAUACCAGCUAUUGUAAUUACUCUUGUGCUCAUUAUAAAUAAGGACUUCUACGGCAAUGGGUCGCUCUCCGAGAGCCAUCCUUACAGCAAUUUUUGCUGGAUCCAGGACAACACAGUGUUCUACAUCUCUGUUGUGGCCUAUUUCUUCUUAAUAUUUUUGAUGAAUACAGCUAUGUUCAUCACUGUUCUCCUUCAAAUCCACUCUGUGAAAACAAGGACACAAAAGACAUCCGGAUUCUGGAAACGGGGUGUUCUCCAAGACCUCAAAAGUGCUUUCAGCCUGAUGUUCCUUUUGGGCUUAACUUGGGGCUUUGCCUUUUUUGCCUGGGGAGCAGUGAGGAUAUUUUUCUUGUAUCUCUUCAGCAUAUUUAACACGUUGCAAGGGUUCUUUAUCUUUGUGUUUCACUGCCUAAUGAAGGAUGAAGUAGCGAAGCAGUGCCGAGUACACCUCUGCUGGGGGAGGUUUCGUCUGAGUAGUUAUUCUGACUGGAGUGGGUCAGGUGCAACCGCUGGAUCUACACCGAAGCACUUAAACCACAGAUCACCAUCCCAGGCUUUGUGGAGUCUACAUUCUAAUGGAACAAGUUCAACUUUCAAUACAGAUUUGCUUCCCACAACUUCUCCAGAUACCAAUUUUAAGAUUGCUGAAGUCCAUUGCAACCCCAGUGCUGUAUCUCCACAAGAUGGCGAGACCAACCAUUCUUUUUCAUGAAGAAUACUAUAUAUGGAUACAGGGUUACACUAUCCACAGAAAGUAGAAUUUUUAAACUGAUACUGAAUUUGUUUUCCUCUGCUUAUCUAAUGGUGGUUCCUUUUGAGACUUAUAGAAACAAACAUAGUUCUAAAGAACUACGUCUAAUGUACAGUUAUCACUCUGGACACAAUUAUAGAGCUAAAACAUCCCAUGACUUGGUAACUUGCCUGCUCAGCCAAAUCCUAGUUUCUGUUUUGAAUGUCCUUCUCCAUAUCACUCAAGUAAAGUUUUUUAAAUGAUUGUUAAUAUAGUGGAACACUAAGCUGUACCCAUGACAGAGGAGUAAAAUAAUAUAGUGAAGUGAUGUCUUAGAACUGGUAUGUAUGAUACAAAAUACAAAAGGUUCUUUCAGUCAGUGAAUAACUCCCACAUCGCAAUUAGUGGAAAAAUAUUAAUAUUUUAAGGUACAGUACCUACAGCCAAUCUACUUGAAAUCAGACUGAUCCCCUUCAGUUCCUUGGCUUUAUGGGAGAAAUCUUGGCAUUAAAAACAUGCAAACAAGUUCCACCUUGUACCCAGUACUUCUACCUUGAAAUUGCUUUCAAGGGGAAUGAAAUUCAAUAACAAAGGUAGUUCAGUAUGUUGGGCAUUAACUAUUGUAUUUAUUUUCUUUAGAAAACUCUUUGUUCCACAAUCUGCUGCUGCUAAUACAAGUUUUCCCUGCUUUCAAUUGUGAAGCACAACACACUGUGCUGUGGUGCUAAAGCUGUGUCUAACCUCCCUGUACCCCUAACCUGGCUGCUGCACACCCCAUGGGGAUCCUGAGAGACUAAGGAAGGAGGCUCUGUAGUUCUUUGGGGGAACUGGAAUUUUAGUCCUCCCCCAAGUCCCUUUGAGAUCAAUUUGUCUCCACUACAUCAAUAAGACCAAGUGGGUGGACAGUCUGAUGUGUCUCCAUCAACCUGCUUUGACCUGCACUUUCUCCUUCAUGCAGUAAUUCUUUCUACAUUCACUUCAGAGGACAGAAAAUACUAGUCUAGGCUUACAUUUCAAAUAGAUGUUAGGUAACAAUUUCUAUUUUUAAGGAAUAAGAGGUCUAGAGAGCACAUGAAAUUGCCACCAAUGCAGGUCUUACAAAACACUCAGGGUGAUAAAAUAAAUACCUGCCAGAAUUGGUAUUGAUUGAUUUUGCCUUACAGCAAGUCCUCCCAAAUGUAUUUUCUAUGACUCUAAUUUAAAAUAAAAAGACAGCAGAAGAGGGCAAGACAUGAGAGCAACAUAAGACUGGCUUGUCUCCUGCAUGCUGUAAUUUUUUUUUUCUUUACAUUCCGGAUAAAAGUUGUACUUUGAUUUUCUAAAGUUUUUGCUACAUGCCCUUGUAAAGGAUUAGGAGCAGCAAAGAUUCAGGUAAUAGCUGGAAAAGCAGCAAGAGAAGUGCUGGAAUACAGAAGACUUCUCAGGCUGCCGAGAAAAGUCUGGAAAUACCAUUUCUUGGGCAGAUCCAUCAGCAUGCUUCACACUUUGGAGGUGUACCAGUGGGACAAGGGCAAGCUGCACAGAGUGAAGGUGUCCAUUCUUCCUACUGAUUUUUAUUUUUUUUAAGCAAAAUCUGGAAGUCAAUUUUUAAAAACCUGUCAAGUUGCUUACGUAAAAUUCAAAGCACUGUGUGUGUGUGGAAGACGGUUAUCUCACUUCCACUCUCCAUCACCCGCCUAAUGGCUUUUCCAGCUAAACAGUGUAUCAUUUAUGUUUCAAGCAUGGCAUUGUGUAGGUUGUCAGCUGGAAUGAAAAUGUAUAAUUUUCCCUAGGCUGAAAUAAUAUCUUCCACAUCAGCACUGUUGUAUUUGCUCUUCUCCAGCAUAUCUGCACUGACAUUCUGUCACAGAAUUGUGCAUUGAUGGUUUUAACAGGGAGAGGACACACUUAGAAACAAAGCUUAUAAAAUUUCUAAGCAAUUGUGUUUCACAUCCUGAUAAUUUUAAAUGAUGGGAGCAGCUUCUGCAGCUCCGGCUGGAGCUGUGACUGGUGUAUGACAAAGUAUAUCCUCCUCCUCCUCCCCAUUUGGAUUCUAUCAGUUGACUUCUGCACAUGGCAAGAGGCUGGAACGAGAUGAUCUUAAGGUCCUUUUCAGGCCAAACCAGUCCAUGAUUCUAUGACUCAGUGUAAAAGCGACUUGGAUUUCUAAGUUGUUCUCAAUUUGCACCCAGUUUGUUUAUUUUUAGUGAUACAAACACUAGGAAACGCAUGCUCUAUUUUAAAGCAAUAAAAGGAUUUCAGAAGGUAUAUUUAUUUGAAUUAUUUGAAGUCAGAUCUCAGUGGGUUGUUAACAAUAGGUUAGACGAUACAAAAGAAAUAAAAAAUGACAGUAAAAUCACAGCAGCAGUUGUGGCAAAUAGAACAAAAAUCUCCCCAGUCCCACCUUACUAUUUAGACUGGCACAAAA